AUGCACGCGCACCUAUCACGCUCCGCGGCGCCCCUGCUUGCUGGACGCCUGGACUCUCGUCGCCUGACAGCUCGGAGGUCGCGCGCGACGGCGGUGGUGCGCGCAGAGAGCAAGUCCAGCCAGGCGCCCCCGAGGCAGAAGUGGGAUUUCCAGCGCUUCCUGAAGACCGCCCUCUUCUUCAACCCGCCGUCCGCGGGCGGCAUCGCGCGCGCCGUCACCGCGCCGAUCCGCAUCCUCGGCAAACUGGCCGGCGUCGCCGGGGACGAGGAACAGCCCGCGCCGCUGCUCCGUGUGCGCGGCCCAGGCAGCGUUCAACCAAUCUCCGCCGUAACGGAGGACCAGAUGCUCGGCAAGGGCGCCGUACUCGUCACCGGUGCCACGGGGGGCGUCGGCAAGCGCGUGGUCGAGAUCCUGCUGUCGCGCGGCGAGCGCGUGCGCGCGGUCGUGCGCAGCACCGAGAAGGGCGAGAAGCUCCUCGCGCCGCUCGCGUCCGCGCACCCGAACGGCACCCUCGAGAUGGUGGCGGCGGACCUGUCGCAGGAGAUGACGCUGCUGCCGGAGCUCUUCACGGGCGUCCGCGCGGUGGUGUCGUGCGCGGCCGCGAAGGUCCGCCCGAAGGAGGAGGUCCCCGACAGCGCCGAGGCCGACGCCAAGUACUACCAGGGCAUCAAGUUUUACGACCCCCGGGUCGUCGGAGACACCCCCGAGGCGAUCGAGUUCCGCGGCGUCGCGAACCUCGCGCGCAUCGCGAGCGAGCACGUUCCGCUGCCCGGCGGCCGCGUGCUGCUGGACCCCGCGAAGGGCGCGGCCGGGAACCCGGAGUGGGGGGCGCUGGACGACGUGGUGAUGGGCGGCGCGAGCUCGUCGACGCUGCGCCUCGCGGACGCCGGCGGGGAGGACGGCGGCCCCGUCGCGCUGUUUUCCGGCAACGUCACGUCGGCGAACAACGGCGGCUUCACGUCGGUCCGGACGAGAAACUUCGACCCGCCGCUCGACCUCGGGGCGUACGAGGGCAUCCGGCUGCGCGUCAAGGGCAACGGGAUGCGGUACAAGCUCAUCCUGCGGUGCGACGGCGGCUGGGACAGCUUGGCGUACUGCCGGAGCUUCGACACCCCCCCGGGGGAGUGGACUGACGUCAACAUCCCCUUUGCCGAGUUCAAGGCCACGUUCCGGUCCAAGACGGUCAAGGACGGGAAGCCCCCGGACGCGUCGCGCAUCUUCUCGAUCCAGCUCAUGCUCUCGAAGUUCGAGUACGACGGCAAGCUCAACCCCAGCUUCCGCGAGGGCCCCUACGAGCUCCCCGUGGCGUCCAUCGCGGCGUACCCGCCGGAGCGCGCGAACGCGGCCGACCGCCCGUGCGUCGUGCACGUGAGCUCCGCGGGCGUCACGCGCCCGGACCGCCCCGGCAUCGACGUCGAGGUCGAGCCGCCCGCGGUCAAGAUGAACGCAAUGCUCGGGGGACUGUUGACGUACAAGCUGCGCGGGGAGGACGCGCUGCGGACGUCCGGCGUGCCGUACGCGAUCGUGCGGCCGACGGCGCUGACGGAGGAGCCCGGCGGCAUGCCGCUUGUGUUCGAGCAGGGCGACACGAUCAAGGGCAAGAUUUCGCGGCAAGACGUGGCGGAGCUGUGCUGCGCGCUGCUGGACACGAACGGCGCGGCGGGGCUCACGUUCGAGGUGAGCAGCACCGUGCCGUUCUCCGAGGCGUGGGAGGGCGCGGGGGGCGCGACGCAGAUGGACCGCGCGGCGGAGGUGGCAGCCGCAGGGCUCAGGCGGAACGUCACGGGGCGGACGGUCGCGGGGCGGUACACGGGCACGGAGGUUGAUCCGGAGCUGUAG